CUGGGCACGUGCCCUGCAUGACCGGUUGGUAUUCGGCCAUGAUAACUAAUUUAACAAUCUAAAAAAUGCUGGCUGACCUAGCUAAUUUGAGUAACUGUCAGUGAUUGACAUAACAAGAGAAUAAUUGCUGAUUCACAACCAAAUUUCUAACUUGCACCUUGUGUAUUCUACUAUUCUAACCCUCAUCAAUAACUUGAAAUCCCGACUGGGGUUCGGGCCCCCUAGUGGCCUGGGCCCCCAAGCAACCGCUUUUGUCACUUAUUCCUGAAGCCGGCCCUGCUUCGCCCCAAGUUAGCUGAACCUGCUGUUCGCAGGAGCUAUGGUCAAGUGAGAUAUAGGUGCCGGCCUGCAUAGAAGGAAACAGAACACGGUUAAAUCAUCAGUGGAAAUGCCCCAUAUAUGGCUUUGCGCAGAGUGUUGAAUAGAUGCCACGAUCCGGACAUGAGUGAGUGCUCGGCUCGUUCUCGACACUGUGCGCGUUGAAAUCUACGCCCACGGUGACGUUAGCACCGCCUACCGGGCGAAAUGCCGUGAAAGAGUACGUCCCAAAUGUACGGCGCAGUACAGUCACGUGACGAAUAACAUGCUCAGUUGACAAUCACAUAUGAAGACGUGAGAGACUGCGAGAAUUUCUCUGCAGCAACAAAUAAACUCCGAAAUAUAAACCUGUAUUUCGCAAAUAGGUGCAGGAGGUCGAGAAGUGGCAUCAUGGACGUGUCCAGCCACAGCCUGUUCCUCCUGCAGCAGCUCAACGUCCAGAGGGAGUUCGGCUUCCUGUGUGACUGUACUGUCGCCAUUGGCAACGUGUACUUCAAGGCCCACCGGGCCGUCCUGGCUGCCUUCUCCAACUACUUCAAGAUGAUCUUCAUUCAUCAGUCAAGCGAGUGCAUUAAAAUCCAGCCCACGGACAUCCAGCCGGAUGUGUUCAGCUACCUGCUCCACAUCAUGUACACUGGCAUGGGCCCCAAGCAGCCAGUGGACCAGGGCCGCCUACAGGAGGGCAUCAAGUUUCUCCAUGCCUACCAGCUGUGCCGUAACCCCGACGACGAGGGUUCCCCCGAUGUUGGCGACCUGGUCCGUAUGUCCAACCUGUACGGUAUUCAGAUUUCAUCCCAGUUGGCCAACAAAGAGGGUACUGAGGGCCCUAAAGGUAGUGCAGGGGCCCGAGGAGGAGACGGGCGUCUGUCCACCCAGGCGGGCCGCUCCCACGCUGCACAGUUCUCGAUGACCGUGGGGAUGGAGGGCAUCCCCUCCUCGGACCGUCAGCCCUUCUCUGGUCACCUCCGUGGCGUCUCCUCAGUGGCUUCCGGCGACGACUCAGACAUCUCGACACGCAUCAAGCAGGAGAGGGUGGAGGAAGGGGAGGGAAAGGAGGGCCACCAGGUGCUGGGAAGGGUAGGGUCCCCAACAUCUCCCUCAGCCCAGGGCGGCAGCCCCUGCCAGGGCCUCCUGUUCAAGGAUGGCCCUCUGGUGCUGCUGUGCCCCCGCUGUGGCGAGCGCUGCUCCUCCCCCGAGCGGCUCCGCAGGCACCUUUUCAGCCAUGCCGCCUGUUCCCUGGAUCCCAGUGGACUAAUGGAGGACCUCUCCCAGGGCGGGGUAGGGGACCCGGAGGGCCCUGAGGACAAGCAGCAACGUGGGGCCCCCCAGGAUCAGCUAGAUGCAGGCUGCUUGGAGGAGGCCCUGCGGCAGAGCCAGGCCCUAGCUAAUGAGCUAGCUGCUGAGCUAAGUUGGAGCAGGGGCGGUAUAGCCAUUGGCACUAGUCCACCCCCCACCACCACCUCCAGUACCAGUCACGCACGAAAGCGCAAGAUCGCUUGUGCUGUGUGCAGCUUGCGCUUCGCCCAGAAGAGCCAGCUGCAGGAGCACAUGUAUACUCACACGGGCAAGCCGUCACGCUACCACCGCUACAGCCGCCUCUGCAGCCAGCUCAUCCACGCCUCCGGACACUUCUGCGAGGGGCCACCGGAGGGCAGCGUUGGGGUGGCAGCAAGCACCACAGUAAUGUUGACGGAGGAGUCCAACAGGGAAGCUCAGGACAAUGGCAGCUCCUGCUAUUCGCUAGACUCUGAGAUCUCACAAGAGAGCGUGGAUGCCGUCACUGUGGAAUGAAAGUGAUAAAAAAAAACUGAGUGCCAAAUAUUUUUUCUUAUUCUUAAUUCCCGAUAGUACCUCCUGUUUCAGUUUGUUUUCUUUGGUUUGAUUCCUACUGAACAUGACCUUGUUUCAGUUAUAGGGAUUCCUUACCUUUUGUCAUUAUCCUUCCACUUAUCCGCUUAUAUCCUGUCUUUUGUCAAUACUGUCAUCUUUCUGUUGGUUAGAUGAAACCCUGUGAUGUGAUUCCAGUGUAAACCGUAUCUAAUUUUAUUCAGUGAAUGUCUGAAUAGAAUAGAACAUUGUUUUUACAUGAUACUUGUGUUCUCUCUCUGUUGUCAUAUGUUACCAGCUGAUAUUGAUUGGAAUUGAGCAAAUACUAUGUAUCUGCAGUUAUUUCUGAGAAUUUGCACAUUCCGAAAUAAGUAGUUGUUGAAACAGGUAUAGUACCAGUCAAACGUUUGGAUACACCUACUCAUUCCAAGGUUUUUUUUCUACAUUGUAGAAUAAUAGUGAAGACAACAAAAAUGUGAAAUAAUACAUGGGAUUAUGUAGUAACUCAAAAAGUGCCUUGAUGACGGCUUUCCAUUCUCUCAACCAGCUUCAUGAGGUAGUCACCUGGAAUGCAUUUCAAUUAACAGGUGUGCUUUGUUAAAAGGUCAUUUGUGGAAUUUCUUAAUUAGUUUGAGCCAAUCAGUUGUGUUCUGACAAAGUAGGGGUGGUAUACAAAAGAUAGCCCUAUUUGGAGAAAAAAAACAAGUCCAUAUUAUGGCAAGAACAGCUGUUAUAAGCAAAGAGAAAGAUUCGGAAAAUGUACAGAGCUUUGAAAGUUUCUUCAAGUGCAGUGUCAAAAACCAUUGAGCUAUAAUGAAACUGGCUUUCAUAAGGACCACCACAGGAAAGGAAGACCAAGAGUUACCUCUGCUGCAGAGGAUAAGUUCAUUAGAGUUACCAGUUACCAGAAACACGAGCAAUGGACAUUAGACCUGUGGAAACCUGUCGUUUGGUCUGAUGAGUACAAAUAUUAGAUUUUUGGCUCCAACUGCCGUGUCUUUGUGAGACACAGAGUAGAUUAAUGGAUGAUCUCUGCAUGUGUGGUUCCCACCAUGAAGCAUGGAGGAGGAGGUGUGAUGGUGUGGGGGUGCUUUGCUGGUGACACUGUGACACUAUUUUGAAUUCAAGGCAUUCUUAACCAGCAUGGCUACCACAGCAUUCUGCAGCGAUACGCCAUCCCAUCUGGUUUGGGCUUAGUGGGACUAUCAUUUGUUUUUCAACAUGAUUAACAACCAAACACACCUCCAGGCUGUUUAAGGGCUAUUUGACCAAGAAGAGUGAUGACCUGGCCUCCACAAUCACCUGACCUCAACCUAAUUGAGAUGGUUUGGGAUGAGUUGGACCACAGAGAGAAGGAAAAGCAGGCAACAAGUGCUCAGCAUAUGUGGGAACUCCUUCAAGACUUGGAAAAGCAUUCCUCAAGAAGCUGGUUGAGAGAAUGUCAAGAGUGUUCAGAGCUGUCAUCAAGGCGAUGGGUGGCUACUUUGAAGUGUUUAACAGUUUUUUUUGGUUACUACAUGAUUCCAUGUGUGUUAUUUCAUAGUUUUGAGGUCUUUACUAUUAUUCUACAAUGUGUUAUUUCAUUCUACAAUGUGUUAUUUCAUAGUUUUGAGGUCUUCACUAUUAUUCUACAAUGUUAUUUCAUAGUUUUGAGGUCUUCACUAUUAUUCUACAAUGUGUUAUUUCAUUCUAGAAUGUGUUAUUUAAUAGUAAAAUUAAGGAAAUACCCUUGAAUGAGUAGGUGUCUCAACUUUUGACUGUUACUGUAUGUAAUGUUGUUAUGGAUGUUUGUCAGGGUUACAGGAAUUUGCAAGGGACAACUUCUUAAGAUCACAAUGUUGCGGUACACAAUUAAAGUAUGGAACAUCAUUAUACAUAUUGGAUUUAUUUAAUUUUAUAUUUCUUCCCAAAAUUGUGAGCAGUGCCUUGCUGUUUAUUUUUUUUAUUCAGUACCUCCUAACAAACUAGCUAAACAAACUAGAGAAUUAGCUUGAAUUCAAAUGAUUCAGGAAGAGUGUACUACCUACUUAAGUGGACAAAUAUGCAAAAGUAGACUGUCACAAGUGUCAUCCCAAGACCUUUUCAAGCUGGAAAACCUGGAUCUGUAUGUUUCAAGUGUCACAAGAGAGGUGAUCUAGAAUCAGGUGUUUCCUGUCUUAUUCAUUCUUGAUCGAAAAGGCAAAACUUAUUCUAAAUCAGUUGGGGGGGGAGAACUCAAUAUACUUUAAAAAUGACAAAAACUAAACUGUAGAAAUGAUAAUGGACCUACAUUCACACAGUUUCUAGACUGUCCAGCUCGCUAAUAAUCACUGAAAUGAAAGGUAGACAGUGAGGGAGCAUUUAAAAUGUCCUAAAUGAUGGAUAGAGGGCUAUUUUUUGCAAAUUUUGCCAGCAAGGAAAUAUAUCACAUUUUCGAUGUGGCCCUCCGUACCUCGUUAAAGACCGAAUGUGGCAAGGACCUUUAGCACGGGGACCUAAGCAGAGUGGCUAAGUAUAGAGUACACUUGUUGAAUGUCCUUUCUCCUUGACUAGGAGUAUUCAACACUAAGAGGAAGGACUUAUUUUAGCUCAUAACAGGCUAACAUGAGUAGAAGUGACUAAAAGAGAUGUUCUGAAAUUCGUUAGUGCUCUACAGCUUUAUGAUAGUGAGAUUAUAGUUUCACCUUUUGGAUAUGUGCCAAUGGCCAUCAGAAUGUGUAGAAGAAUGCAUCUGGUAAUGACAAAACCAGGAGUCUGCAUGUACUGUGAUAGGUUUAUACUGUCUCGAAAUUGACGAUCAGAUUUGCCAUUUUGGGUGUUUCCAUUUUUGUACUGUUGUGUGUGACUUCUGGUCUGUUUGAAUUCGCUACUCUUCUAUGGUGUUUCCACUUUGUCAUACACUUUAAACAUGAAUGUGGUUUAAUGUUUUGUAAAUCUGUGUCACCUUUCCAUAAAUGAGAAAUGUUUUGUAAAUAAAUGUUAAGAGAUUGUCCAA